AUGACUUCGAUCCGUUCUGAUGAUGGACCGGGCGGCUUCGCUUUUUAUCACUAUAACCCCAGCAUGGGUGGUGCUGUCCUUUUUACGAUUCUUUUCAUGGGCACAACUUUUCACCACAUCUACCAGAUGUUCAAAGCCAAGACUUGGUUUUUUAUUCCCUUCAUGAUAGGUGGUCUCCUCGAGAUUAUCGGAUAUAUAGGGCGUGCCUUGUCCAGCAAACAAACCCCCGAUUGGACGCUAGGACCGUACAUCAUGCAGACCCUGUGUCUGCUUCUUGCCCCAGCUCUUUUAGCAGCCUCAAUCUACAUGUUUCUCGGCCGGAUUAUUCUGGUGCUCCAGGCAGAAUCGCAUUCCAUUUUGAAAAAGAAAUGGCUUACGAAGAUUUUCGUGACCGGUGACGUGAUGUCGUUCCUUCUACAAGGCGCUGGUGGCGGCAUCCAGAGUAGCGGGUCCCUCGACAGCAUGAAGACUGGCGAGCGCAUUAUCAUUGUAGGACUUUUUGUCCAAAUCAUCUUUUUUGGCUUCUUCAUUGUUGUCGCUGGUCUAUUUGACUGGAAACUUCGCAAAUACCCUAUCCCACGCUGCUUCGAUCGGCAUAUUCCCUGGCGCAAACACCUAAACAUUCUCUAUGCGACCAGUCUGUUGAUCCUUGUGCGCUCGCUUUUUCGACUUGCGGAAUACAUCCAGGGGAAUACGGGCUAUCUUUUGCGUCAUGAGAUCUUCUUGUAUAUUUUUGAUUCACUGCUCAUCUUCAUUGCUAUGGUUAUCUUCAAUAUUGCUCAUCCAUAUGAAAUCACUCAGUUUUUGAUUGAUUCCGCGAAUUACGAGUUGACUCGUGCCGGGAAUGAACAGGCUGCGAAACCUCAUGGGGUCUACCGGGGCGUGUGA